AACCUACCACUUAACCGCAUGAUGGACAAAAUUAAUCAUAUGAGAGUUAUUCUCUUAGUACUCUUCUUGUUCCACUCCACAUGUUUAUCUUUCACUUUUCAACACAACAACAAUGAAUCUUCAAACCAAACAUCUUCACUGAAAAAUCAGAUUCUAGAGCUAGCUAACACACCGAACAUGUUGAAAUGGAUGAAGAGUAUAAGAAGAGAAAUCCAUGAGUACCCUGAACUUGCAUAUGAAGAAUUCAAGACAAGUUCUGUCAUAAGGCGUGAGCUUGAUAAACUUGGUGUUGUUUAUCAAUGGCCUGUUGCUAAGACUGGUGUUGUAGCUAAAAUUGGUUCUGGUUUUCCUCCUUUUGUUGCUCUUAGAGCUGACAUGGAUGCUUUGCCUAUUCAGGAGCUGGUUGAUUGGGAUCAUAAGAGCAAAGUUGAUGGAAAAAUGCAUGCUUGUGCGCACGAUGCACAUAGCGCAAUGCUUCUUGGGGGUGCAAAGAUACUGCAAGAAAUGAAAGACAAGUUAAAGGCUACUGUCGUUCUUAUAUUCCAACCAGCUGAGGAAAGAGGUGUAGGUGCGAAAGACAUGGUUGCAGAAAAUGUGCUUGAUGAUGUAGAGGCUAUUUUUGGAUUGCACUUAAUGCCCGAAUAUCCAUUAGGUGUUGUUGCAACCCGGCCGGGAGAGUUUUUAGCAGGAUGUGGAAGCUUCAACGCGAAGAUCAACUGUGGGAAAGUAGGUUUAGAAGGAAUUUCUCAGCGUUAUCUUGAUCCAGUGUUGGCCGCUUCAGCAUCAGUGAUUAGCUUGCAAAACAUUGUUUCGAGGGAAAUGGAUCCUUUAGAAUCACAGGUGGUUUCUGUGUCAGUGAUCAAUGCAGGGUCUGAUCACAACGUUAUUCCGGAUUCAGUUACAUUUGGAGGUACUUAUCGAACAUUCAACCCAAAGAGCUUCAUUGCACUAAGGAAAAGGAUAGGAGAGGUUAUAAAAGGGCAAGUAGAAGUGCAUAGGUGCUCCGCGGAGGUCGAAUUCUUCGGUAGAGAACAACCAACAGUUCCUCCAAUUACAAAUGAUGAGAGAAUAUACAAAAUAGCAAGGCAAGCAUCAAGCAUGAUUGUUGGAGAAGAAAACAUAAAAUUAGCCCCAACCUUGACAGGGAGUGAAGAUUUUGCAUAUUACAUGGAAAAAGUGCCUGGUGCAUUUAUCCUAUUGGGGAUAAAAAAUGAGGAGACUGGAUCCAUACAUCCAGGUCAUAGUCCUCACUUUUUCAUUGAUGAAGAUGUGCUUCCUAUUGGUGCUGCAAUACAUGCAGCAUUUGCUCUUUCAUAUAAUUCACACUCCACAACUUCUUAACUUCAAUCACUCUUAUCUACCACAUAUAUAUAUGGCAAAAUUUGAUAUGAGCCAUCCGAGGUGAAAUUAUUACAGAUGAUUGCACAAAUAAUUUCAAAGCGGAGUGUGGGCUCAUUAAGCUUUAGGUACAAUUUGUCUCUAACAGUUUAUGCAAACUGGAUGAAAUAGUGAACCAUGAAUUCCUUUAAGAAAUUUUUGAAGUAAAUUGCACUAUCAUUUCAAGCUCCAAUGUUUUUGACUGUAGACUAAAUUAUUAUUAUAGGGCCAUUUUUAGUUUGUUAAAUCUUGUGUUACAAAUAAUUUCAAUGUAUUUGAGUACAGGUUAAACUUU